UAUGUUUGUUUUGGAUCCCAAAUAUCCCCAACAACCACGAAAAGUCGUGGCCAGUAGAUUCAUAGUUGCGGUGAUAUCUCAACCUCCAUACAAGUUGGCAUGCCUUACUUCUCACUUUAGCUACAUCUUCUAUUCUAAGCUCCUUCCUAGUCUUUUUCUAUUUCCCUACAUCUACUCCUCCAUUUUUGUUUCUCAUGUUACAUUCCUUUACUGUGUUACUGUUAUGUAAGACCAUUUCCACCCCCAAUUCCUUUAUAAUUGCUCCAUCUCACCAACCUCCUUUUCUCUCUCAUAUUCACUCGUCACCUCUUUCUCCAAUUUAGAUUUACAUGGCUUCACUAUAUUCUUUGUGUUGUGUCUCGUUUUUAGCACUAGCAAUAGUUGCAUUAUAUGUUUCACCUGCAGUUUCCACGUCGAGGCGAGCAUUAAAGCAACGGAAUAAGCUCCAAAAUGGGUUCAAGGUCACGCUCAAGCAUGUUGAUUCAGGCAAGAAUUUAACCAAAUGGGAGCGGAUCCAGCGAGGGAUACAGCGCGGGCAUCACAGGCUGCAGAGGUUGAAUGCUAUCGUUUUGGCAGCAAGUACCAAUUCAGCAGAAGUUCAAGCGCCUGUUGUUGCAGGGAAUGGCGAGUUUCUAAUGGAGUUAUCCAUUGGGACGCCACCAGAGAGUUACUCUGCAAUCGUGGACACGGGAAGUGAUUUGAUAUGGACUCAAUGCAAGCCUUGCAGUCAAUGUUUUACUCAAUCUACUCCGAUCUUCGACCCGAAAAAAUCUUCGACAUUCUCCAAGUUGUCAUGCUCGAGCGACCUAUGCGCAGCACUUCCGCAAUCAACAUGCGAUGAUGGAUGCGAGUAUCUCUAUAGCUACGGUGAUUAUUCCUCCACGCAAGGGGUCAUGGGAACCGAAACAUUCACAUUUGGCAAGGUAUCUGUUCCAAAUAUUGGAUUCGGAUGUGGAGAAGACAACGAGGGAGAUGGAUUUUCACAAGGUGCAGGCCUGGUGGGACUUGGGCGUGGACCCCUAUCUCUAGUCUCGCAGCUGAAAGAACCCAAGUUUUCUUAUUGCCUAACAUCCAUUGAUGAGACCCAAACAAGCACACUUUUGAUGGGGUCUAUAGCAAGUGUGAAUAGCACAAUAGGCGCAAUCAAGACCACCCCAUUGAUACGUAACCCAUCACAGCCAUCUUUUUACUAUCUUUCACUCGAAGGGAUUUCUGUGGGAGGUACUCGCUUACCUGUUAAGAAAUCCACUUUUGCACUCGAAGAUGAUGGCACCGGUGGCUUAAUUAUAGACUCUGGCACAACCAUUACGUAUCUAGAACAAAGUGCUUUUGACGAGGUCAAAAAAGAAUUCAUCUCACAAAUGAAGCUUUCCGUGGACAAUACGGGUUCAACAGGGCUUGAGCUUUGCUUCAGCUUGCCUUCAGGUUCGACACAAGUAAAUGUACCCAAAUUGGUAUUCCAUUUCGAUGGAGCAGAUUUGGAUUUACCAGGGGAAAAUUAUAUGAUUGCUGACUCAACUUCGGGAGUGAUUUGCUUGGCAAUGGGAAGUUCUAGUGGCAUGUCAAUCUUUGGCAACGUUCAACAGCAGAAUAUGUUUGUUCUUUAUAAUCUUAAGAAGGAAACUUUAUCGUUCCUCCAAACACAAUGCCACAAGUUAUGAA